AUGGUUUCCCACUACAGCAAAAAUAAGGGAGAAACUCAUCGGUUUUGCUCAGCUUGCCUCAAAUAUCUUAUAUAUUUGCAUGGCUACCCUGCUACCUGCGCCUUCUGUGAAGAAUCUCUCAUUGAUGAAGAUUAUUGGCAAGUCUUGUCACCAAACCUUAAGGAAUUGGUGAGCAUGCUCAAAGAAGAGAAAUCCAUUCCUGCUAAGGAAAAAGCCUACUGCGCAAACCAACGGUGCUCGGCUCUGCACUCAAAGGCUGAAGCGAGGCUACCUGAAGAAGAACUCUCCAAGCUAGAUUAUGACGCUUCUGGACUUGCAGAGUGCAAGAAAUGCAAGCAGCGUUUCUGCUUGAACUGCCACGUUCCGUGGCAUGAUUUCAUGUCAUGUGAAGAUUACAAGAAAUCUGAUCUUGCAAGGGAGCGCGAGGUUGAUGAUAAGAGGUUGUUCAGGCUUGCAGAGAGGAAAUUAUGGAUUACGUGCAAUGAAUGCGAAAGGAUUAUAGAGCUAUAUGGAAUCUGCAAGAAUGUUCAUUGCAGGUGCGGAAACAAGUUCAGGAGCACAAAUCGCAAAGAUUAA